CUUUGAUUUCUUCAUUUCUUUUACUGACUCACCCCCCAUAGACGUGAACACCAACCACUGAGCCCUAAAAAUCCAUAGCUGUCGAGGAAUCCCUAAAAAGUGACCCAAGCAUUGCAAUUGAAAUUCAAAGGCUAAGUGACCCAACGUGAUUGAAGAAGACAAGGUGAGAAAGCAUAGCCCUAUCUGAGAUUCGUCUGAGCCCAUUGCAUAUCACCUUCGACUGUGACGUGAAGACUCAGUAAAGAAGAAAACACAAGAUUCGCCUGCUGAAGAAGAAGUGCAACCCGGAAGCUGAUUCAGUCUUUAACUCCGUAAAACCCGUGGAAUCCAAUGCUUUCUGCCAUGGAAACCAAUGUUAUUUAACCAAGGUAUAAUUCACUCUUUAACUCUGCAAAUAUCACUCCUACUUCCUCAAUCCCCACUGCCCACCCCCGACUUUGUAUACCCAAUUCCCACUGAUAUAGGUGCAUACAAGGUGUUUGUUGGAAUGCCUAGAAGAAAUAUAUUUUGCCUUUGAAGUUCUUUGACAUGGGCAGCUUCUGAUUUGACUAUCUAGCAUUUAUCAUCUUCCAGUUUCAAGGAAUCUGACCCAAGUCAAUCUCAUCAUCACUCCAUCACACACAGACAGACAUUGGAGUCAAAGACCAAGACACAGAGGCGGAUAGUUCAUGUGGAUAUAAGCAAGUUGAGGACAAGCAAGCAAGUGCAAAGCUUGAUGAGUCUGAACUUAGACUGGUCCAACUUCAGCAUCAACUUCCCUCCAAUGAACCUGGUGCUUUGAUGCACCUUGUUGAAGAUGCUGCAGGCAAGGAUGAAGAUGACGAAGAAACGGGGGAAUACAUUGUCCCUCAUUUUAAUGUUAAUUGGGUUCAUACUAGUUUGUUGAUACAUACACAGGUGUGGGACUCAGAAAAAAAAAGAAGUUCUUCCAAUACCAGGUGUGGGACUCAGAAUGUAUUGGUCGAAGGUAUUAUCGACCGGGCUGAAGUUAUUGAAGCUGCCGAGAAAAAGCGGAAGAUGUCAAUUCUUGAGAAACAAUAUCAUGAUGAAUUGAAAAUAGAACUUCAAGGCGUCCACUAUUCUUCUGUGUCAAAUACGAGUAAGCAGAAUUCUGCUGACAACACAGAGGCUGGAGGAGAAUCUCUUCCUGAUUUACAGCAAAUUGCUGAGGAUGCUGCCAACAUUUCCAAGGUUGUGAUAUCACGUAAAAAGAGGAGGCUCUAA